AUGGCGCCUCCCCGAGCUCCCCGAGCCAUGGCUUCUCAGCCUGCGCGCGAAACCCGCAACUCCACCACGGGUGCAAAGUCGCGCGGCGGCGGCGGCAUCCAGAAGCGAAGAGGGGGUAGAUCAACUACCGACAGAGAUGGCGAUCUCGAUAUGGGAGCUGGCGCUGGAGCAAGCGGCGCACGUCGCUCAAACAACAGACCAGCCGCGUCUGAGUCCAACAACUCGCGACCCCAACGGUCGACACGAUCCAACGGUCCGCCAACGAAGCCCGGCUCGAAAGUGCAUCAAGCAAUCGCUCGGCACCUAGACACCGGAGACGGAGCAGACAUGGUGUCCAAGAAGAGACCCCAGAACGGUCCUCUUGUCUGGCUGAGUGUCAAGGGUUUGAAGGAUAGCAAAGCCGCGAGCAACAAUGAUGGCGGUUUGCGGGACCUUCUCACCUUCUUGGAACGAAAAGCGACAACCCUGUCCGGCCGAAGAAAGGGAGUGGUCAUCAAGAAGUCGAGUUUAAGGGGAGAUUUGGUCAAUGUUGCGGCAACCAAGGAGGAUGCGGAGGAAAUUCUCAAGGUCAACACUUUUGUGUUCGCUGGAACCCCUUUGGAAAUUACCGAUAGCGACGGCUCAUUUGCCAAGGCGAACGAGGCAUCCGCUGCGGCCGAGGAAACAAAGUCAAAGGUCACCAACAUCAUGUCACUUCGUUACGACAUCGAAAACAAGUUGUUGAAGCUCGAUGCUCUGAAUCAAGACGAAGGGCUCAUUCAGAUGGGCAUCUUGGACUCAAAGGACAGAGCCGAGAAGCUGUUCAAGGUCAUGAUGGUAAUCUGCGAUAACCUGUUCAAAACGCCACAGGCAAAGAUCGAUGCCAUCCACAGCAUCAGUCUUGCCAACAACGGCAUCGACAGUGUCAUACGAGUUGAAGACUUGGCCGAAACCUUCCCGGAUCUCAAGAACCUCGACCUCAGCGGGAAUCAGAUCGAAACCAUCGGUGGCCUGUCGAGAUGGAAGGGGAAACUUCGCAAGCUGGAGACCCUGUACCUCACUGGAAACCCGCUUCCGCUUGCCGACCCCAAGGUCAUGGCGGAGCUGCUGCAGUUCUUCCCCAAGCUGCAGAAUGUGAACGGCGAGCAACUGACGCCCGAACAAAUCGAACAAAUCAAGGCUGCUGGAAGACCUCAACCGAUUCCCCAGCGCGGGCCUGACUUCCGCGAUGCCAACGGCAUCGGAGAAGCAUUCCUCUUGGAGUUCUUUGUUGGUUUCGACUCCGACAGAACAGGUCUCCUCGCCAAAUACUACGACGACAACAGCCAGUUCUCGAUGGCGGUGGACACUCACUCCAUUCGCGAGGAGGGCCUGCCGGCGCCAUUGCCUUGGUCCUCGUACAUCAAGCAGUCACGCAACCUUCAGAAGAUCACAACACCAGCCGCCCGAGCUGCUAGGUUAAUCACUGGAAGGGAGGCUAUUUGGAACCUGUGGAACGAAUUCCCAUCAACAAAACACCCUGACAUCAAGGCGGAUAUCAGCAAGUACAUCAUGGAUUGUCACUUGCUGCCCGGCCUUGCCGAUCCAACGGGCCAGACUGGCGGCGGCGUUGACGGCAUGAUCAUCUCUGUGCACGGUCAAUAUGAAGAAUGCGACAAGGCAGGCAAGACAGGACUCAGGAGCUUCUCUCGCACAUUCGCCCUCGGACCUGGUCGCCCUGGCGCGAACCCCAUUCGUGUCGUGAGCGACAUGCUUUGCCUCAGGGCAUUCAACCCUCUACCCAACGUGUUCGUCGCCGAGAACCAAGCCCCGUCCGCCCAGGACCAGCAGCAACGCCAGGCAAUGAUUGUGGAACUAUCGAAGCAGACGACGAUGACUCCUCAAUACUCGGAGAUGUGUCUGUCCGAUGUUGCAUGGGACUUUGCCAGAGCCUUGGCAGUUUUCCACGAAAAGAAGGCUCAACUACCAGCGGAAGCCUUCGCCAGCGUUUAG